AAGCAACACUUGCUCCGCAUACAUUCACGGGGGCGGCAAUUUUUUUCUUUAUCUUGCUGUUGUUUAACGUACAACGCACAUCUUUCUGUUUCUCUAUAUAUCUUAAGCUUUAACGUCCGCUAUUUCUCCUUCCUUUCUCCAUCUUCCAUCACUUUUUUACUUGUAUUAUGGGCUCCGAAGAGUAUUACAAUAUGAUGAUGAUCAAAGGAAAGCGCAGCAAGCGUCAGAGGCAGCUGCUCGCGGCCUCCUCCUCCGCGCUUGCCUUGACCAUGGCCGCCUCCUCCUCUUCCACCUCCUCGUCUGAUCAGCAAUUCAAUAACAAUAUUUGUGUUAUGAAUUGCGACGACGACAAAAACACGACACAAGUCGAACAAGACACGGCUAAUUGUUUGAUUCUUUUAGCACAAGGCGGCCAAUCCCCCCAAAAUCUCCCUACAACCACGACCGCAGUCAAAGAUUCAUCAAUGUACCAAUGCAAAACUUGCGACCGAAGCUUCCCCUCUUUCCAAGCUCUCGGAGGCCAUAGAGCAAGUCACAAGAGGCCGAAACCCGGAUCCACCACCGAUCCAGCUUUAAUCAAUCACCACGAAUCAUCAUCAUCAAUGUUCAAUCAUGACACCAACAAUACUUACACUACAAACACAACUCUCUCGCUUCAAAUAUCACCGAGCAGACCCGACUCGUGCAGUGUCAAAAUCAGUAACACUACUAAAUCCUCAUCCAAAGUUCACGAGUGCUCGAUAUGUGGCGCGGAAUUCACUUCGGGUCAAGCCUUGGGCGGUCACAUGAGGCGGCACAGGUCGAGCCUGCUGCCCCGUGCGAGUCCUAAUCACGAGUCCGAUAAUGAACCGAAGAAGCCAGCCGCGGCGAACGUGUUCUCGUUGGACCUGAAUCUACCGGCGCCAGAAGAUAUGGAUCAACCCAUUGAAAGUAAAUUCCCUUUCGCUAUGAAUGAACAAGUUAUCGUCUUCUCACCAUCUGCUUUGGUCGAUUGCCAUCUUUAAUCCAUUUGCAAAAAUUGCAUGUUACAUAUUCUUAUUAUUCAUAUUAGUAGCGUAGGUUUUUAGUCACAUUCUUAUAGAAUUAACAAUUUAUUCACCGGCGAGCGAGAUAAAGCCGUAUGCUGGGAUUUGUCAUUCAUUAAACACUGUACACAAUUCAUUCUAUAAUUAAUUCUUUUUAUUUAAUCUGGUAUAUAUGAUUA